AAUAAGACUGGCAUCUGAAAGUGGGCAUCACAGUACACACCAUGUGACUUACAGGCGAGGCGGAGCUUCCACUUGGAUUUGAAUAUUAAGAGCCGAGCACCGUAGAGCUAAAGGAGACUUUGCCAGGAGAGGAGGAGCAGCAGCAGGACACUGAGAGGAGGACAGCUUGUGUGUCAUCGAGCAGUUACAGCCCCGAGAUGAAUCUGUACAAGUACCAGCAGGAAGUGAUCCAGCCAGCGCUGGAGGGCAGGAACAUCAUCAUCUGGCUGCCAACGGGCGGAGGGAAGACGAGGGCCGCCGUCUAUGUGGCGAAGCAUCACUUGGAGACGAAACCACUGGCCAAGGUGGCUGUGCUGGUCAACAAGGUCCACCUGGUCGACCAGCACUACAACAAAGAGUUCAGCCCAUUCCUCUCCAAGAACUACAGUAUCGCCCACGUCAGCGGGGACAGCGAGGAGAAGGAGUUCUUCGCCAAGGUCGUGCAGGACAGCGACAUCAUCAUCUGCACGGCACAGAUCCUUGAGAACGCCCUCAAGAACCCCGAUGAGAUGAAGCACGUGGAGCUCACAGACUUCACGCUGCUCAUCAUAGAUGAGUGCCACCACACCCACAAGGAUGCCGUCUACAACAAGAUCAUGGAGCGCUACGUGGAGAUGAAGCUGCAGCACGGCGGGCCCCUGGUGUCCCUCCCACAAGUGCUGGGUCUCACUGCAUCCCCAGGGACUGGCGGCGCCAAGAACGCUAAAGGUGCCAAGGAGCACAUCCUACAGAUCUGUGCCAACCUUGAUGCCUGGGCAAUAAUGUCCGUCAAAGAGUAUUCUGAGGAGCUGGAGCAGAAAGUCCCGAAGCCAAGAAAGCAGUUAGACAUCCCUAAAGACAGACCCCAGGACCCCUUUGGAGAGAAGGUUAAGAAGAUGAUGCGAGCGAUUCAUGACUUCAUGGACUUCGAGGACAUCUCUCAAAACUUCGGGACCCAGGACUACGAGCAGGCAGUUGUUCUACUGGAGAAGGAAGGAACCAUUGAUUGUAACCGCCGGGUACGCCACUGUGCCCUUUACCUCCGCAAGUACAAUGACGCGCUGCUCAUCAACGACGCGGUGCGCAUGAUCGAUGCCUUCAACUUUCUGGACAACUUCCACAGUGGGGAGCGUGCGAGGCAUUGGGACCUUGACCAGACUGACCACUUCCUGUUGGAGCUCUUUGAAGACAAGAAAAGCAUAUUGAGGACAGUGGCGAACACCCCAGAAUAUGAAAACCCCAAACUAAACAAACUGGAAAAAACCCUGCUGGAGCAAUUUCAGAACUCCACCAAGUCCCGUGGCAUCCUGUUUACCAAGACCCGCAGGAGCGCCCAUUCCCUCAACGAGUGGGUGAAAACUAACAGGCUGCUGCAAGGCGCGGGGAUCAAAGCCUCCAUCUUGACCGGAGCUGGCAUCAGCAACCAGGCACCUCACAUGACCCAGUCUCAGCAGGAGGAAGUCAUUCGAAGAUUCCGCACUGGCGAUCUGAACCUUCUGAUUUCAACGAGUGUCGCCGAGGAGGGUCUGGAUAUCCCAGAAUGCAAUCUGGUCGUUCGGUACGGACUCCUCACCAAUGAGAUCGCCAUGAAGCAGGCCAAGGGUCGCGCCCGCGCAGAGGACAGCGUCUACUCCGUGGUGGCCAACCAGAACGGGCGCGAGCUGCAGCGCGAGCACACCAACGAGUACUUGGACAAACUGACCGAGGAGGUGGUGGCCGAGAUCCAGGGCAUGUCCCCGCGGGACUACCGCCUGGAGAUCUUGGAACUACAGAAGAAAGCCAUCAUGAAGCGCAGGCUGACCGAGGAGAAAGCGGACGCAAAGAGGAACACGCACAACCCGGAGGUCGUCCGGCUCUACUGCAGGCGCUGCUCAACUGCGGUGUGCCACGGCAGCGACAUGCGGGUGAUCGAGGGCUCGCUGCACGUCAACAUCAAUCCGGACUUUGAGAUUUACUUCACUCUGGGCGCGAAAAUCACCCUGGAAAAGAAGUUCGAGGACUGGGAGCCGGGCUGUUCCAUCAGCUGCAGCACCUGCGGCCAGGACUGGGGUUACCAGGUGAUUUAUAAAGCGGUCACUCUGCCUAUGCUGUCCAUCAAAAACUUUGGCAUCGAGACCCCAAGUGGCAAUCGCUCUCCUAAAAAAUGGAAAGACGUCACCUUCCCCAUGGAGGAGUUCGACUACAUCGAGUACUGCGCGAUGAAGUUUGCAGACUUGGACUUUGACUGAAGCCCAUCAGCCAACUCUGCUACCCACCUUUAGUGCUUUGCUUUCUCUUUUUUUUUUCCCCCUCUGGCCAGUCUGGUGGCAAGUCACAUCCAAAAGGAGAAAUGGCUGGAACGGUGAGGAAGCCAUGGGGGACCAGCCAGUGGGUACUGUUAGGCUGGCACUGGCAUGUGGUAUGGCACAGUGGUUGAGGCUUUGGACUUCAAACUAUGAGGUGGUGGGUUCAAAUUCCACUAGUGACGCUGUGUGACCCUGAGCAAGACACUUCACCUGGCUGUGCUGCAAAUAGAAAUGUCACCAAUUGUAUUAUUCAAAUGUAAGUCACCUGGGCUAAAAGUAUCAGCCUAAUAAUAAUAGGGCACAGGGACCAGCCGGGCACGGGGGCAGUCCAGCUAUUGUUAAGAUCACCAAGAAUCUCCAAUUGGACUGACCUGCCCCUCCGCCCAUAACUUAUUCAGCCUUGAGAAUGUACCGUUUAGCAAGCAGCCCUACAAGCACAAUCUGUUUAUUUAUAUAUUAAUUUUCUGCUUCAGCCCAUUAUAAUGGAUGGAUCAGCACAAGGUGUUUCGGCUUCAUAUGCUGACUUGCAGUUCCUCAGUCUAAGCCUGGCAGUGAACAGUUUUUUAGUCCUAAUACCCGAACUGAAAUUCAAAGGGGAGGAGGAAGGCGCUCGUCAUUCAUAAAGGCUCCGCCUCAGUCAGAUCUUCAGCGACGGCAGAACUUUAAAGUCGACUGGCAUUUCAUUUUCACAUAAAAAAAACUUGGGCGCAUCUAAAUGAAUAAAUGCAGUUCUGUUUCCUACCACUAGAUGGGAGUAUAAUGCUGCUCUAGAGAGACUAAAACAGUUGAGCCGUCCCACUUUGUGACGCUACUGUCUCUGAUUGGACGCUCUUUAUGUCAGACUUCGUUGUCUUGCACUUAACUGACUUGACUUAAUAAACUGCUGCAGCUCCGCAGCUUUUCCAUUUCA